GAACAAAGCUUCUGAAUGGCUACUGAACAAGAUUCAGAUGCUCAAAAGAAACUAGCCGAGGACUUAUACUCGGCUGUACGCAAUAAUGACGUCACCAAAGUUAGGUCCCUGUUGGGACAGGGGGCAGACCCCAACCACCAGCUCUACUGGAGUGAUGAGUGGGCGGGUAAGCGGCCUCCAUUACACAGGGCUUGCAGGAAGGGCUACCUUGAGAUUGUGAAGACACUUGUUACUCAUGGAGCUCAUACUGAUAAAGGUGAUGGGGUGCACAACAUGACUCCACUUCACUGGGCAUGCGGGGGAGGUGAUAAAGAGGUGGUGCAGUACUUGAAAGAGGAGGUCGGGUGCAGCACUGAUGUGAGGGACAAGUGGGGCCAAACACCACUGCACGAGACUUGUUCGAUGGGACAUAUACAACUAGUGAAAUACCUAGUUGAGGAACUAAAGUGUGAUGUGGAUGUGACUGAUGAUUAUGGCAGGACUCCUCUUGACGUGGCAGUACGGUAUGGUCGCACUAAAGUUGCUGACUAUCUCAAGUCUGUAGUCUCCACUCCUGAACCAGAUACUCCAAAUGGUUCCGAACAACUUUCUUCAAAGGAUGAUCCUAACCUAACCUCAUCAAGCACUCCAUUGACUGAUGAAGACUCUGAUGCUCUAGAAAAGCUGCUCCUAGACAAAAACAUUGCAUUGACUGGUGAAAGGACAUAUGAGGCAGUAGCCCAUCACCUUCGUGAACUCGGACACGGUGACCUAGCUGCCAAACUGAGAGGAAACCUCGACAAAGUGAUUGGAGAGCAAAAGCGAUAUCUGAAGAAAUUGGAGGAUCUGAUGACUGACAAAGACACUAUCUCCAUGCAGUACCUCCGUCUCCUUCUUGUCGGGCCACCAUCCGUGGGGAAAACAACAACUCUUAGCCGUUUGCUGAAAGAUAUCGUAAACAUCAGUUCUGCUGGAGACAAGGCAAAGCUACGCAGUACGCUACUCACCAAUUGCCAUCAAGUGGUCGCCUACAUGAACAAAGACGCCACAGAAUGGGUUUGUUCCAAAGACGUAGAAGAGGAAGCAAAGAUCCUCUUUGGCUACAUGUACAGUAGCAAGGUCGAUGAAGUCCCAAGUGCCCCAACUGAGAAAAAGACAAAAACUGUCCCCGAAAGCGAAAAGCACACAAGCACAGCCAAACCACCUUCCCCUGAAAAGCCUCCGCCAAACCCUCCACAUUCUGAAAGACGAGAGAAUGCUUACCAACAGAACAGGCUCAUACCCAUCAAGGCUCGACUGCAAAAGCUGAUAAAGAACGGAAACUACUCUGAAAUGGCCAAAUGUCUUGGCAACACCUUACUAAACAUCAACGAUGUUGGAGGACAACCUUCCUUCCUAGAAAUGCUACCAGCCCUAUGCAAUGGUCCUGCCAUGUAUCUAGUGUUCUUGGAUCUAAGCAAGGAACUUGACAAGCCCUACGAUAUUCCCUUCAGUCGUGACAACACAGUCAUUACUCCAUUCAAAGCUGUACACACAGUGGAAGCCACAGUCUCUCAAAUCCUCUCAGCAGUUGCCAGUAUCCAUCACGUCUCUCGAGAAGAUGCCAAGUACAAAACCACCUCCAAAUUGAGCGAAAAGUUUGAAAAGUUCCAACAAGUUCGUCCGGUAGCAGCUUUGAUCGGUACUCACGUGGACAAGUUGGAAAAUCCAAAAGAAAAAAUCAAGCAAGUCAACGAUGCUCUGAAAGCAACCACUCAAAAGUUUGCCGAGAUCCUUGUAUCACCUCCGUCAGAUUCUGAAUCUUCAUUUUUUGCCGUGGACAACUUUGCUGGAACUGAACAGUCUGACAUUGCCCCGAUUCGUGAUUUCAUGAGCGAUGUUUUCGCCUGUCACUUCAAGGAUGCAUCUCUGCCCAUCAAACCGAAAUGGCUCCUACUGGGCACACUACUGCGGAUGGAGUACUCAAUCGUGUCGAUGGAAGACUGUCUGGAAAUAGGGAGAUUGUUGGAAAUGGAUGAAGAAGACACCAAAUUUUGUCUCUGGUACCUACAUAAGAUUGGAUCCAUACUCCAUUACGGGAAUGUACCCAACGAUAUCGAUGGCUGGCUGAGCAACCACAUGUUCUGCACCCCUGAAGUGAUCUUCACUAGCAUCAGUCAACUGAUCCUUGCUGCUUUACGCAUCCUCCAUUCUGAAGGCCACGUCACUGAGUUUGAGCGAGCAGAGUUGGUCAAGAUGGGGCAGUUUUCACUGGAGGCCAUUAUCAAGUACUGUACUGGUCCCAAUGUUACAAAGAUGCUCAAGGAAGGAGAGAUUAUCCCAGCCGAGCAUCUCAUCAUACUGCUGCAAUAUCUCAACCUUCUCUCCGAAAUUGUCCACAAAGAUGCCAAUGAUCCGAAGGUCACUCGAAUCACGUACCUUAUGCCGGCUAUUUUGGACUGUGCUUCACAAAAGGAGCUGACCAAACCACCUCAACCAGACACCAACAACCCAGAACCACUCCACAUCACAUUCAGCUUUGGUUACGUACCAACAGGAGUCUUCUGUGGGCUCAUCACUCGACUAGUUUCCCAAGGCCCUCAUGGAAUUCUCGGAUUGACGUGGGAAUUGGUGGAACAUGGCGUCAAACGAAAUUGUGUAUCGUUUUCUGUCGAUGAUGUUCAUACGGUUACACUACUCUCCCACGAAAAGAGCUACGAAAUUCGAAUCUCUCGAGACGACCCUGACACCUCUCUUCAUGACCUCUGUGGAUAUGUGCUGACAGCAAUCCUCUACACUAUCAAGUGCCUGUUCCAACAUCUGGUUAUGCAUAUUGCAUUCCAAUGUCCCUGUUCCAAAGCUUGUACUGAACGCAGCGUCAACCAUCUGUGUGCUCUCUCUAGCAAAUCACGAAUCAGGUUUAUCUGUGAGGCUUCCAAGAAAGCUGUUGGUCUCAAAUCAGAACAGCAAGUCUGGCUGGGAAAGCACGUGUGUCUAGGAAGCAGGACGGAACUAGAGGUGCUAAAGUUUGCUGAGGAUGGUUUCUCCUUCCACUGGAGCAAAGAGGGCUCCAGCCGUCAGAUCAAGACACCUGAUGAUCAGCCCAACACUGUGAGCUUCCAGAGAGUGAGAGAGGAGGACUUUGGUCACUACCAGUGUGAGGUGAAGGAUGCAGCUGCUGGGAAAGUGCUCCUCACUCUCUACACAGCUCUCUACAAACACCAGUCAAGUAAUGCAGUGACUCCACUAGCCACUCUACACACAACCACUCAGUCAGGCAUUGCUGUACAUGAUGAUCAAGAAGAUGAUGAUCAAUUAUACACUAAAGACUUGCAAGAAGUUGUUUCUCAAUUAAUGGAAGCCAUUAAUGUUUGGUUUGAGUUGGGCCUCGCUUUAGGGAUCCCAGUUGCCACGCUUAAGGAUAUCGAAUCUAAUGAAAUAUACAAUAAAAAUCGUUUGCGUAAAAUGCUGACCCAGUGGCUGGAAUCUUCACCUUCUCGUACAUGGAGUGACAUUUGCAAUGGCCUCAGAAGUGGCACUGUCAGGCAUGACGUUCUAGCAAAUACGAUUGAAGAGAAAUACAAUGGUCGGCUAUCAGGGAAGAGAAAGAGACAAAGAAACGAUUCGUGUGUUCCCGGACCCCAUACAGAGGACUUGUCCCGACCACCCCACAUCACUGAUCCUCUAGUCCCAGGACACCGCAAAAGAUUAUUGGGAUCAGGUGAAGAAGGUGAAACUCUGUUAAAGCGUCCAAAGAAUGAUGUCACUGUACAAGUUCAACCACAUGAGACGAUAGUGACAGAGACUGCAGCUCAGUUGAGUAGUGAGUGCUCGAAUGAAGCUCUUCUCCAGUUGUCUACUGAGAUUGCUGGCUACCACAAAUACAAGCACAGGCUGGGCCUCAGUGAUGCUGAGAUAUACGCUAUCGAUCAGAGUCCUUCCAUGAUUGAUAAUAUCCCAGGGAGAUUUUACACUGCUCUGAAGAAAUGGAAGAGUAAAAGUAUUGUUGAAAUGUAUCCAUUGAAAUCGUCAGCUACUUACGGUCGAUUAGUGGAGAUUGCCUCAGAGAUUGAGGACGGAGAGGCAGUUCGCAGCAUUCACAAGGCCUGUGUGGAGUAUACCAAUACUGGAGUUGCUUGAAAGGGACGAAUAAAGAUGUCAAGUAAAGAAGCAUGCAAGAAUGUCAAGUAAAGAACUAACUCUGUGUUGACUAUAAGUACUGACUAGCUCUGUGUUCUGUGUUUGAUUAUACCACCUUCUAUUUUUAUAAAAUUUC